GGAGAGGAGGCAGCGCGAACUACAGUUCCCAGCAGGCACCGCAGAUAGGAUUUUUUUCCCUCCUUUUACUGACCCCGGAAACAUCAGCGACUCACUUCCGGGUGCAGGUUACACUACAGAACUACAGUUCCCAGAAUACCGCGCGCCAUUGUAGGCCCGCCCGCCCGUUCCACAGCGUCGUUGCAGGAUGGAGAAGCGGGAAGAGAGCGCGAGCGGCUUCAGGAAGGAGACUGUUAACAAAAUACUUCAUCUCCAUUUUAAAGAUGACAAAACUCGAGUCAGCAGUGAUGCUUUGCUGCUAAUGGCAGAAAUGCUGAACGUGUUUGUUCGAGAAGCUGCAGCACGCAGCGCACGGCAGGCUCAGGCUGAAGACUUGGACAGGGUGGAUAUUGAACACGUGGAGAAAGUGCUGCCACAGCUGCUUCUGGAUUUUUAGAGGCCUGAUCAAGCAGAAUGGGAUGCAUCAGCUGCUAAGAGGAGAGAGUCCUGAUCUGGGAGUUAAUCUGAUACUGAAUGCCUGGACUGGCCUCCUGUUUAGCUACGGGAAUGGGCAUUGUUGUUGCUUCACUAUGCCCUUGCCAUCUUGCUACAGUAGCAGCUGCUUCCUCACCCCUAUCAUCUGAGCAGAGCAAGCCCUCAGCAACCACAAAGAGUAAGAUGCCAUUCUAAAAAGGAUGUUGCAUAUUUUGAUUGUUGUAGACCAAAUUACUAUAGCAGGGCAUCUUGCCCUCAAAAACUGGGUCCCAUCCUGCUCCUGCAGUAGCAGUUUGCAGUUCACAGCCCAGAAUGAAUAGCGUGGCCAAAGCACUGCUACUUUCUCUACCAGUGAAAGAAACAGGUGCCACUCUGUGGAAAGAGUGAGUGGCUGGAAACCUUCCUCUAGCUGUGGGCUCUCAUCACCUCAGCAGGCUGCUAUGGCAGGGGUUUAAAGUCCAAUUCCAUGGCUGUCUGAGUAGUUUAAACAGGCACUCAGCUGAAGGUCUGUGCCAAAAGCAGGUACCUGAUCUUUAUUUUAUAAAUAAACAGUGCCUCUCCCCCAAUACUUUCCAGCAUUCCUCCAGGGCAGUGACAUCAAAGAGUGCUUAGAACCUUUUAACUGUUUGAUAUUCUUCUCAGAAGCUGCUUCUCUCUGCUAUAAAUUUGUUCUCACAAAGAAACAUCAAUAAAUCAAAAAUAAGUCUCCCUGGCUCAGGCUUUUCACCGCAAUUAAUCAUUGAAAGUCAAGUUGCUUCAAAGACUUGCUCAGCUUCCCCCACCCUCUUCUCUAAAUCUUCACAGGCGAAAAGGAAAACUCUUAAAAAGGGACAGAAUAACAAACAGCAUGUGUGAGAAUCCCACAUCAUGGGACAGCGUGUCCCCUUUGCCAGCAGGGGAGAGGGAAGCUAUGAAAUAAGAAACCUUACACAUGUAGGCAGGACCUACACUGCUGAACCUGGCUUUGUUGGGAAAUAUUAGGCCUGCUGCUGCAGAAGCAGCUGACACCAACAUGUCUGAGAACUAGCUUUCCAGUUGCUUAUUGUCUUUUAUUUGUGGGGUCCAUUGUGAAAAGUGGUAGAGAUUUCCCAGCUGCCCCUGAUAGCAGGCAAGGAGUGGAUGGGCCACUAGCACUGCUCUCCCCAUUCAGGCUAUGACCACUGGUGAUAUGAUGGGGGGGGAGGCUUUUGUUGCCUCCUUUGUAUGUUGAUCAAGGUCUGCAGAUCACAGUUUUACAGGCACCAGGCAGGCUGAGGCUUUAUGAAAAGAUUACUAGUAGAGGUCAGGUCAAAUGAUGCUUAUCUAAAUCAUCAUAUGUUAAGUAAUUCAUGUAUGACUGCUACUGAGUACUGGGAACAAAGACUCCUCAUUGUGA